AUGCAUUCUUUCACGUCCUGGUUGCUGGUCCUUGGUUGUGCGUUGCAUCUGCAUAUCGUUUCAGCCUUGGUCCCUUCCGCCAAUCUUUCCUCUGUCUUGUCAUCUCUACACCUCAAUCUCUCGCCUGCGACUGAGAUCUUUGACCCUAAUGAGACCCAACGGUGGACAACCCAUGAUGCUCCUACAUAUGUUGUAGGGGUGAGGCCUGCCACGGAGGUGGACGUUCAGAAUCUGGUCGUGUUCGCUGCUCUGCAUAGGAUUCCGUUUCUUGCGACUGGUGGAGCUCAUGGCUUUACAACCUCUUAUGGUGCCCUUCACAAUGGAAUCCUGCUUGACCUCAGUCAGUUCCGGACUGUAUCUGUGGAUGCAGAUGCCAAUACCAUGACCAUUGGUGCAGGAGUCCGGUUUGGGGACGUGUAUGAGCCUCUCUACAAUGCUGGAAAGGAAAUUACUACCGGUACCUCCUCAUGCGUGGGCAUGUUGGGAGCCACCCUGGGCGGUGGUGUCGGUCGAUAUAACGGAAUUCAUGGGAUGAUCUUAGAUGCACUGAUCAGCGUCCGGCUGAUAACGGCAGCAGGUGAGGUUGUAACAGCAUCGACAAUGGAAAACUCCGACCUCUUCUGGGCUGUUCGUGGGGCUGGCUUCAACUACGGGAUCGUCAUCGAAGCCACCUACCGAGUCACGGAUCUAACGUCCCAGUUGGUUGCUAACGCCGACUUCAACUUUCCACUCAACGCAAGUACCGCCAUCAUGUCGUAUCUGAAAUCCUUGGAGACGGAAAUGCCCGAGAAGUUGUCUCUCAUUGCUCUCGUCAGCUAUGUGGCCGAGUAUGGCGGACUGACUUUUACACUGAACGCGGCCUAUCCGGGGCCAAAAGAGGAGCUGGUCCAGCUGCUGAAUCCACUGCUUGACAAAAUCGCCCCACUCCGCCAAAACAUCUCCGUUGUUCCCUGGAAGGACCUGACAUACGCGGGUUUCUUUGCCGCCGAGCCGAGCAUGGCUGCCUGCGUCAAGGGAUUGUAUCGGAACGUGUACGGCGGAAGUGUUCAAUCCUACAAUAUUUCCAGCUUUGAUUCCUUUUUCCAUGACAUGCAGGGAUUCUACUCAAAGUACCCAGAUGCUCAGAGCAGCGUGUUUUUCAUUGAGCAGUUUUCCCGAAACAAGACAAUGUCCUUCUCUGCCGGCUCCACUGCUUAUCCUUACCGGGAUAUCACGGCCCACCUGCUGUGGAAUUUCGGCUACCCCGCCGGAUCGCUGGAAGAUACCGUCAAUGAAUUUGCCGUGAGUGCUCGCGCUUCUCUCCAGGCUAGCAGCGGCUUCUCUCCCCAGCAGAUUUACGUCAACUACGGCCAUGGAGACGAAUCGCCAGACGUUCUUUACGGCGCGCACAAACUUCCGAAAUUGCGCAGCCUCAAGCAGCUUUGGGAUCCCGAAAAUGUUUUUCGAUUUAAUCACCCUUUGGUUUAGUGCCUUGUGCAUACCUAGUCUGUUGGGCAUA